AGGAGCUUCAGACGUGUGAGGACAGCCUCUUCGUAGAUCCAGUGACGAUGACGAACUAUGCGAAGUUCUCAGGCGAUCAUGAUGGAGUCAUUCUCCAAGAAGAUGGUACCUACAUUGCCAAAUGUCGCCCUGAUGGACGGUGGUGGGAAUCCCCUUCGUGUCGUGGAUCAUUUCCGGCAUGUAUACCGCUCUUCACGGCUGGGACUGGCUGGCUUCUUCAGCCCAUGAUGCAAUGGUCUGCCGCGUAUUCGAUCCCAUCUGCCAUCACGAUAUCAAAGAAGUGGAAGCAGCAUGUGGAAAGCUAUCGUAGCCUUUGGUAUUGGUGGGUCCCAGAUUCCACCUUCAUUGAGAUGUCUCCGCAAGCGGUCAUUUUUCCUAGACACAGCCCUUCGGGCUGGCUUCGAGGGGACAAGGCCACCGGAGCCAAAGGCAGCUACGUUGCGAAGAUGGCCAGUACCAACUUGCAAAGUAAGGCACCACGAGUCCAGGAACUGGUCCAAAAGGUCUUGUUGGAGCUGGAUGAAAUCAUGGACCUCCUGUUGGAUGUCAAAGUCAAGGGUUCCGUGGAGACCACCGCUUGCACUUGGAUCCGGAACAACCGUGACCGGUGGGAUCGGUGGAUUGCCAGUGCUACCUAUUGCAUUCAAGGUCAGGGGCUGGUGAAUGCUGAUGGAGAAUUUGUGCAGAAACGCAGUGAGGCAGCUGGCUGUGCAGUUUGUUCUUCUGGAACGUAUUCCGAAGACUUUGAUGAUGACGGGAAGACACGGCGAUGCGCCAAAUGCUCACCAGGGUACAGCCAAGGAGAAUCUUACUCGUCAUCAUGUGAGCCCUGUGGCAAAGGGACUGCGGCCCCCUACGCAGGGAGCACGGAGUGCCAGCUCUGUGGCGUGGGUUUCUAUCAGGACCGUGUAGCGCAGACAGAAUGCACACCAUGCUCCGCCAACAGGACCACACAGUUGUUAGGUGCAGGAAGUAAAGACGCUUGCAUUUGCAAAGCCGAUUCCAUUGAAGACCAGUCGCAAACGUGUAUUGCUUGCAGCAAGGGCCUGUGGUGCCCCAUAGGCAGCACGGUGGAGAAACUGCUUUUGGCCAAUGGAACAAUUGCAGAUUCGCCGCGCUUGGAAGAAGGCUACAAGUCUGAGAGACUUGAUCCAAUAUCCGUCUACAAAUGCUCCACCCCACAAUGUCCUGGAGGGGCUCCUGAUAGCUGUAGCCGAGGGCACCAAGGGAUUGCUUGUGCAAAUUGUCAGCCACAGCAUUACACCAGCUUCUCUGGCGAGUGCUACCCUUGUGGUAUCGAUAUUCCUUCAGCAAUCUUAGUCAUUUUUAGCAUUUUGCUGAUUGGCGUUUUCAUCUCCUACUAUCCGUUGACACUGCCAUAUGUCGCCAAAGGGAGUGGAUUGUUCUGCGCUGCAGCUAGUUUUGGCAUCGCAGUUGGAUUGCUCCAAACCCUCGGGGUUCUGAACACAGCAAUCAGCUGGCAAGCUGGUGAGACGCCACUUCUGCAUUUUGCAUCCCUGUUUGUUUUUGACCUAGAUGGCUUUGGAUACAACUGUGUCGCAGAUAGAGAUGUGGAACUUUACGGCAUCACGGCAUCAUUCUUUUGGGGGGUGCCCCUUUGCUUCGUCAUCUUGGGUCCGGUGACGAACCUCAGUCCGUUGUUGAAACGGAGAGGUCUUGCAUGGCAAACCACGAAGACCGUGAAUUGCAUAGGCCACUUUCUCCAGGUAGCAUCUACUACAAUGGCAUCCGUGGGAUUGUUGCCCUUCAUGUGCUAUGAUCACCCGAACGGAAAGCAAAGCAUCUUGAAGUAUUCCAACACUUUGUGCGGAUCCGCUGAACACCUUUCCAUGCAGAUCAUCGGUACGUCCCUGCUGGUGCUGUCCGUGAGUUUCUUUUCCAUGUGCUGCUUUGCUGCAUGGAAGGCGCCAACUUGGUCUGCCGGCCCAAAAGCCUCCAGCCGAAUACCUGCCAUUGUGUUCCUCAUCCAGCGAUUUCGUCCCAGCAAAUGGUGGUUUGGCCUCAUCAUCGUGGGACGAGGUCAGCUCUUGUCUUUGCCAGUGGUCUUUGCCACCAACAUGCCCAACCUCCACCUGAUGAUCAUGUUGUCAGUCCAGCAGCUCUACACCAAUCUGCAGCUAUGGUGUCAGCCAUGGAAGUCGCCCAUCCUCAACCUGGGAGAUGCCACAGCUACAAGUCUUCUACUGAGUUUGUUGGCCACUUCUUUGGCCUGUAUAGACUCAUGCAACAGAGUGAUGCAAACUUUGCGCAUGAUCGUCUCCAUUGGUCUGGUGGCGAGCUUGGGAAUCCUAGUUUCUACUACAUGCUUCAACUUUGCGUAUGCCUUCGUGACAGGGAAGCAACUGAAGGUGAUCAACUUGGGUGAACUGGACAGCCAGCGUGUCGUUGAUGGCUUGCAGAAGAUUUCACAGUUCCUGGAUUCCUACGAGAAGGAAAGAUCUGCAGAGCUGCUGGAAGGAUUGUCAAAAUUGUGCCCUUACGACUUGAGCUGCGUGCUGGAAGCCAUUGACGUCUUGCUCGAUGAUUGGCAGCUGGCAGUGCAUUCGCAAGAUUCUGUGAAGAGACCGGAGAGGUCUUUCAGUGGUCGCAUCUCAGCAGCCCAUGGUCGACGUGGCGGCAGCAGUAGCAGCAAGAAGAGUCCGAAGAGACCCACGAAGCUCCAGGACAGACAGUCCUUUCAUGUCUUCGAUAUGGGGGAUGAUGAGGUCCCAGCAGAACAUCCAAAUAUCAAUGACGUUCUGACUGGUCUCCGCUUGGCAGAUGUUGAAACAUCGCCUCCGGAAAUGAUGGAUGACGAGGAGGAAUCACCUUCAUCUGUGAUUCAUUUGUAAAUGUUUGAGGAGAUGUUUGUGGCGUAGCCACUGACAUCGUUGAAUCUCUCAGAAUGCCGACUCCAGUCUCCAAAGUCCUCAAAAGGGUUCUGUUUUUUGAAGUUAAUGUUAGGGACCCAAAAAUUCCUAAAAGGAAUUUCUGGAGCUCCCAUCGUAGACAUAUGAAACAUAUGGCCUCAUCGGUGUUUGUGCUCUCGCGCCGCAAGGUCGUGUAUUGUAUCGUGCCAUGCUCGUGGUGCAAGGAAA